UUGCACUAACUACUCGUCUGUCGUGCAAAUAUCGGAGCAUCACAACAAUUUCUAUUUCUAUUUGCUUCACGUGCGCAUCACCUGUGCAAUUAAAGACCAAUGACCCCCCAACCUAUAGUCCACUGACGAAAAUGUGAUUAAAAAAGGAAAAUGUAGAAACUCCUUCUAUAAAAAGCGACGCCAAAACUCAUUCGGCAGCACAUUUAACCUGCAAGUGACAUAAUGACUAUCUUCUCCGAAUUCCAUUUCGGUCUGCUAGUGUUGUUGUUUUUCUCGAUUCAUUCUUACUCGAUCGACGGCCUGACUAUCGAAAACCCAGUCCAACUAUCAAGGGACGAUUACUGUCCACCAGAAUAUAAACGUAAGCAUUUCUCAACAUUACAACAUGUUAUGAUCAUGAUAAUGUCAUAUCUUUCUGCAGUUUGUAGUGACGAACUCCGACGGGAAAAAUCACACUUUCAAAUUUAGCAAUUGGAAACUCACCGAAAGAGUGUUACUUUGAUAUUUACGCCCCUGUUGGCCAGUACGUUCAAAUGACCUGCUCGGACGUUUUUAGUUCCGUCUGGACAAAUUAUUUCUCGCUGUGUGGAACGGUAGAGACUUUUGCGUUUCCACCUGUACUCAAAAGGAUCUACACAUCGUACGACAAUCGAAUGGGCAUAUCGUCACGAGUGACUAGUGGCGAUCGAGUCAAUUGCAAUUGGGAAAUGAUGACGGUACCGUCGGGAACGACCGACUUCAAAUUUUGUAUUCACGGACGUACUAAAACGUCCAGCGGAACCAUUCGUCCUUUAGACAUGUCGACUGGAGAAACGAGAUGGUGUCGCUUUUUCAUCGAGGCCCCUUCCAAUCAACGCGUUCAAAUGACUUGCUCUUCCAUCAACCUCGGCAAUUCCCCAACGAGUUACAUGAGAAUGAGAGGACAAGAUAUCAUCGCUCAGCCACCCAUUGUUAAUCAAAUCUAUACAACAAAUGAGCAUUAUUUGGACUUUGAUUCUCGAAUCACCAACCCAGACUGGUUCGAAUGCAAGUGGACCUUUGUGUAACCGUUGCGCAUUCGAAUUAUUCACAUAAUGGUUGGCAUCGCAUGAAAUGAAUUGGAAUUAAUAAUUUUUCAAUCGCUAUUUCAAAUACGUUUAAAGAACGACACGUUUCUUGUCGUUCUUUCCCACUUGAUGUAGCGACGAGCAAAAAGGAUUUUAAAAUACAAAAGUUAUAGCA